GGCUCUGAUGGAGGUGGCUCGGGAUGGAGGGUCCCCUUGCCCCGGGAGGGAGUCCCCCCGCCCUGUGCUCCUCCAUCCCCAGCGCAGCGAUGCCCCCGUGCAGGAUUUUGGGCUGUGAGGCCCCAAAGAAGAAUUAAUUACCCCCCGUAACCACGCAUCCCAAACACAGCUUCUCCCCGGCUUCAGGGGCAGGCGCCAUCCGUGGCUCAGUGUUGGACCUGGCAGUGCAGGGUUGAGGGUCUCUGCUCUUCUCCCUCCCGGUGGAGAUGGUGGUGCUGCGGGCUGGGCUCUGCCCUGGUCUCACUGAAGACGUGGUCCAGCUUCUCAGGGCCAAUGGCAUCAGGACAGUGGUGGACUUUGUGUCGUCAGACAUGGAGGAUGUUGCCCAAAAGUGUUCCCUGUCUUACAAGGCGCUGGUCGCAGUCAGACGUGUGCUCCUGGCCCAGUUCUCUGCCUUCCCUGCCAACGGAGCAGACCUCUACGAGGAGCUCAAGAGCUCCACGGCCAUCCUGCCCACUGGCAGCCCAAGCCUGGACCAGCUGCUGGACUCGGGGCUGUACACCGGGGAAGUGACGGAGCUCAUGGGAGCACCGGGCACUGGGAAGACUCAGGUGUGUCUGGGCAUUGCAGCCAGUGUAUCCCUGGGGCUCAAGCAGCACGUCCUGUUUCUGGACUCCACGGGGGGUUUCACUGCCUCCCGUCUCUACCAGAUGCUCCAAGCCCAGACAGAGGAUGAGGAAGAGCAGCUGGAGGCUCUGCAGAGGGUGCAGGUACAACGUGUGUUCAACGUCUACGAGGUGCUGAGUGCCUUGCAGGAGCUGCGGGAUCGCCUCUCCCAGCAGGUCGUGAGCUCCAUGGGAUCUCUCAAGGUGGUGGUGCUGGACUCGGUGUCGGCUGUGAUUUACCCUCUGCUGGGUGGCAGGCAGUCAGAGGGUCUGGCCCUCAUGAUGCAGCUCUCCAGGGAGCUGAAGACCCUGGCCAGGGAGUUCAGCCUUGCUGUUGUGGUGACCAACCAGGUGACAAGGGACAGCAGCACUGGCGCACUGAAGCCAGCCCUCGGCCGCUCCUGGAGUUUCGUGCCCAGCACCCGGGUGCUGCUGGAGAGCAAAGAAGGCUCCUGGGAGAGACCCAGCACACAACGUGCAGCUUCCCUGGCCAAGUCACCCCGGCAGCCAACAGGGAUCCAGGUGGAGCUGGACAUUGGGAACGGUGACGUGUUGGAAGCCAGCCUGGUGACACCCACACAGGGGCUCUGAUGGGCUGGAAAAGCAAAUGUCACAAGGUUCGAGAGAGCUGCACAAAAGCAGGCAAGCACUGAAGGUUUUACAGACUGACUGAGAGUCCUGCAGCCCUGGGAAGGACCAACAAGAAAAAUCUCUUGUUUUUCUGCCCUGUGGCAAAACUGAGUGUGGGGUUCCCUGGAGACCUCUGUGCCUGCAGUGGCUGGGCUGUGGGGACAGCAGGACAGCCAGGUCCUGUCCUCUGCUGCAGCCUUGUCUUCAUCCCCCAGAGCCAGCCCUGUGCUCAGGUGGUGUUUGGGAUCAGCUUGUCCCUGCACAACCCCACAGCUCCCUGUGCUGGUUCUGUUCCCCCCUGGCUCCUGCCCUCUGGAGUUCUGAUCAUCCUUGGGCCCACAGUGGGCUUGGUUCAGAAAUAAAGGAAAAAAAAAAAAGCUGUUGCACGUUGCUGUGGUUGUUGAGAGCUGGAAUUCAAUUAAUGACAGCUGCUCUGAACUUAAUUAAAAUGUUGAGCAGGCCUGGGGUGGGACAGGCUGCUGAUGAGCAGGGACCUAAUGAGAUGCUUGAUCUUCCCUUCUCCCCAGAGGAACACCGGGCCCUGUGGGGACCUGCUGGUGUUUUUGGGGCACAGCUGGGCUGUGUAAGGGCUUGCUGAUAACUGAUGGAGGUUCUGAUCUGCAUCAGCUGAGGCAGAUGGGUCCUGGCUGGCACCAGCUGGCCCUGCUGGAUGCUCAAGGACCUGUUCAAUUGCAUGUGGUGAUGUUUAAAAUAAUCUUCCCCCGCUCCAGUGCUUUCCAGCUGCUCUUGUGUGCUCUUGGCAAGCUCCUGAGGAGAGGGGAGGCUUGGAUGUAGAGUUCCCUCUUGAUCCCAGAUGUCUCAGAUACCCUCAGUUUAAGAAACCUCCUUGGCAGGUGAGCUGAGCCAUGGCUGCACUUCAAGGCAGCUGAUGAUUUGGGGGCUGGGACUAAUUAGGGCAUGCUCAUUAAACUAAUCACACAGCACCACAGCUGCUGGAGCCCUCUAAGGCUGUGCUUGACACAUUAAAUUCAUAUUUUUUACUGAAAACUUUUAGAGGUUGUGUAUUUAUUUGCAUUUCUGGGCUCACCCAGAAAUGAGGAGGCUCAGGAGGGGAGGUUUGGCUCUAGGAAUUGCAGCCUGGUUGUUGGGGUGAGGAGGAAGAGGAUGAAGAAGCAGAAAUUUACCUUAUUAGCUAAUUUCUUGUUAGUUAAUUCCUUGCUAGCUCCUCUCUUGGAGCUGUGGAUAAAGGGGUGGUGCACACACAUUUUAAUUACUAAUUUAUCUCUCUGCCUGAGGUUCUGCAGGGGAAGCACAGCUCUUGUGGGGGAGUGUGGAGCAGAGAAGAGCCAAAUAGAAACCUCUGGGGUUAUAUUUGAACCACGA